AUGACUUCUUCAACGUCUAUACCGCCAACAGAAAAUCAUUUAACGAUUGAAGAGUGUUCGACCGAAGCUACAAUGAAAACCAACACGAUUGGUCGUUUUUUUAGGCGCUACUGGGAUAUUGCAGUUACUGAAUUACAUACCUUUUUUACAUUUAAUCCAAAAGAGUGGCUUAGUGCCUUUAGACGUAACUCAAAAUACCCUAUUUUGGUACGAGGUGAUAUUGAUGGAUUGGUUGCCUUAUUCAUUGACAAUAUGGCAACAUUGUUGUCAAUUAUUAUUACACUUCAAUCCGUCCUUAGCUCUGACAUAAUCUAUGGAAAGAUUGUAACAGGUUUUGGUCUGGCUUUGUUGUGGGGUAAUCUAUAUUAUGUGUACAUGGCUCGAAAACUUGCUUACAAAGAGCAGCGAGAUGAUGUGUGCACGAUGCCGUACGGAAUUAACACACCAGGAGCAUUUGCGUUUAUUUUUGGUAUUAUCUUUCCUGUCUAUUACAAUUGUAUGAGUGAAAAUAACGGGGAGGAUCAACAAAUGUGCCAAGAACGUGCCUGGUAUAUUGCAUUAGGAAGCAACUUCAUAACAGGAGUUGUUAUACUUGCAUUGUCCUUCUUUGGUGAGUUUAUCAGACGGAAUACUCCAGGUGUUGCACUUCUAUCGUCGCUUUCUGCCAUCGGAUUUACGUAUCUGGGUUUGAAUCUAUAUUUAUCUAUCACUGCUUUACCAAUAGUAUCCUUUCUGCCAUUCUCAAUUAUUAUUUUGGGCUAUUAUGGGAAGGUUAAAACGGGUCCAAUUCCGGUAGCUGCUAUUGCCUUAAUCAUAGGCACUGCACUGGGUUGGGCAACAUCGGCAAAUACGGCUCAAGAUGUACGUGACGCUAUUAAGUUAGUAAAACCGUAUCCAGCAGUAUUUCCUGCUCGAGGAAUGUUUCAAAGUAUGAAUAAAAUCGGACCAUAUUUGUCAACAACUAUACCAACAGCUGUUUCAGUUGCUAUCGGUACCAUUCAGUGUGUUGAAUCGGCAAAAAGAGCGGGCGACUUUUAUCCGACCCGAGAAGCAAUGUUUGCCGAUGGAGUCGGCACUAUAAUAGCAAGUCUAUUCGGCUCAUUUCUUGGCAUGACUGUUUACAUCGGGCAUCCAGCUUUUAAACGAAUGGGUGCAAGGCAAGCCUAUUCCGUGAUCAACUGUUUGGCUUAUCUAUUGUUGUGCUUCUUUGGCAUAAUCCCUCUUGUUUUGAAAAUAAUCGCCGUUACCUCUGUCAAUCCAGUCAUUAUUUUCAUCGGUACCUUCAUAUGUGCAGAAACGCUAGCUAUAACUCCGCCACGUCACUACCCAGCAUUUCUUCUUGGUUUAAUGCCUGUCAUAGCCGACUGGGCACAAAGCACCAUAAUUAGUAGUGUUUCAGCUGCUUAUAGUAAUUUUACCAUAACCAAUGUGGAUUUUACUCUCAAUGUUACCUCUCAAAUAACCGGUUUUCCCUACAGUGGACUUUCGAAUUUGGCGGGCGGUAGUCUCCUACAGUGUAUUUUGCUCACGGCAAUUCUAAUAUAUAUGAUUGAUCGGAAGUUUAUUCGAGCUGCAGUUUGGGCGUUUUUUGCAGUAGUCUUAUCUUUUUUUGGCUUGAUUCAUUCAUCGAACGUCGGGGUUUUGUAUGAGAAAAACGAUGAAGGGUGGCGAUUCAGUGUUGGAUAUGCUACAAUGAUAGGAUUAUUUAUGUUACUUGAAAUCGCACAACGAUGGCACUUGAUACUAGGACCAGAGGUAGAACCCGAUGAUUUAUCAUCCGAAGAAUGGGCUGAAUGGAAUCGACAGAAACAGCUGUAUGAAAUCAACGAAUCUAAUCAGGAUACUUAA